UAAGACAAAAGAGGAGGAUACUGAACAGGAAGAAGUUGAUAACGAGGAAAUAGAGGAGUUUAGACAAUUCAUUGACUUGUCCGAUUCUGACAGAGUUUACUUGUUGAAAUUUGUUCAAGGUGCAUUGGUUCACAUGACUGCUGCCGUAAAAUCACCAAAGGAUGAAGAAGAAACUUCUAAUUUGUUGGUUAGGUUGGUUGAUUAUUUGCCCAACUUGCAAUCAAAACUGAUCAAAGUGCCUGCAUUGUUUUCUGUAUUUUUAUCUAUUUGGACUGGUUUGAUUUCAGAACCAAAGGAUGCCAUUAACAUAUUCAAUUUGUUUACAAAAUUGGAUAGAACAGAUGUGUAUGAUGAUUCAACUGAGUCAAUUUUGAAAUUCUAUAAAGAAGCUGAUUUAGUUGAAGAAUUUGAUGCUUAUUUCCAAAAGUUAUUCGAAUCCAAUGCGUUAACUUCUGCCAAUAGAUCUUACGUUCAAAGCAUCUUGCUGGAGUUAGUGGCGGAAAUUAAUGACGCCAUCACCGAACAAGAGGAAGAUCUUUCAUUUGUAGAUGAUAAUUCAGAACUUACCAUUCAGAGACUGUUGAUUCGAAAGAUUUCAAUUAUAUCUCCAGCCUUGAUGAAGCUUAGACAGCUAGGUGAUCAUAUUAAUAUCUCCAAUUUAGAAAGAAUUGAAGAUUUGAAUGAAACACUAGUCAAGAAGGUUUUGCGCAAGUUAGAUCUUGCUAUCAUCAUGGCAGAAUGGAAGUAUAACUUUUUGCAAAAAUUGCCUGAUUUCAUCCAGAGCAUGCAAAAAUUGAUUGAUUUGUUAUUGAUUGUAUUGUCAUGGAAAUUUGAAAAGUUGAUGGAGUUGCCAAGUGAACAUCAACAUCAUAAAGAUAUUGAAGCUGAAUUUGAUAGUAUUAUUGAUAUGGUUAAUCAAAUGAUUAGAUUGAUUUAUGAAUGCAAGGAUGUGAAUUUGGUUGACUUGAAGACAUUAUUGGCCAUCAAAUACGUUGAUUUAUUAACUUUCUUUAGAAUUUUCUAUGUGAAAUUCAAUCAGGAUAAUCAAUUUGAGAAUUUUCAAUCGUUUUACAGCAGUAACCUUCAACUUUUAAUGAUUAGACGAGAUUUACAAAAUGAAUUAUUGGAGUUGUUCUUGAUUAAAGAAGUCAGAUUAGCACAUGAAUUGAACGUUGAUUUGGAUAGAGGCGACGAAGAAGAUGUGAACUACGACGAUUACCUCGAAUUACCGCCUCUGGAAAUUGAAGUUAGUAUUUUUGAUGAAGAGAAUGCUGCACUUGAAAGUGAAGGUAGUUCUCGACCUUCGACGGCUCAGAAUGCCGAACGAGCAUGGCUCUAUGAAAAAGAAUUAUCUGUAUAUUCACUCAAGUUGAUAUCUUUGGUUAAUCUUCUGUUAUUGCAUGAUGACAUAUAUUCAAGAAUAAGAUUGAAUGCUGAUAAGUUGGGAGGAAUAUUCGGUACAAUUAUAACCAGACAAGAUGAACAUAUUGCGAAAAUAAAAGAGAAGCAGCAAUUGCAACCGGAACCAGAAUCCGAGUUGGCUACAAUAGCUGACGAGCAGCAACCUGAAACUAUCCAAGAAGAAAUAGAAGUUUAAAAAACGAAGCAAAAUUCCGAAACCGGGAUCUGUAUAGUUAUUUGUAUGUAAUAAAAUAAUUGUUUUAUUAGUAGCCGUUUCAUGAGCCAAGAAAUUGACGAAUAGUACGAGGACAAGCGAUUUAAUUUCUUAGCUUGAUGCUUAACCUCAUUAGUUUAUCUAUGCUUAAAACAAGUCCAUUUUUUCACAGAGGUACAAGGAGAUAUUGAGCUU